CACACUAACCAGCUACUUUUGUAAUUAAUGAAAGACGAGGCACUGUAAGUGUAAGACAUUUCUGUAAGUAACUAUAUUGUAAGAGGGACUAAUGUUACAGUUGCCGAAUUUAAGUUGUCACUCCUCACACUACUCUGUCUGUCUCUCACUCUCUUAGUCUCACAGUCAUAGUGUGAUACAGGACAGUGUGGUGACGUGACAAUCACUUAGCCGAAGACUUCUUAGUUUGGAAAUUCUUAGCUUACUAACAAUAACUUCAAAUCAAUAAGUAAAGUAAGUAGUUGCAAUAGUGUAGUUAAAGACUGGGGAGAGUCAUUGACUGUGUGAGCAUUCUACAACAACAAAGUGUCAAAGUCAAGUAAAGAGAUUUAUGUGGCAUUUGGUUAAUUUACGCAAUCAAUCCGUACCACUUUGAGUUUCUGAACAGUAGGCUAUACAGUAGGCACUUCUGUAUGGUCCGGAAACACCAGAAAAUUGGUUAUGGCGUUAUGGUAAUUUCGUUGUCAAAAUGGCGACUUCCACUUUUUAAUUUACUGAGGGAGAGGGUAUCGUUUCACCUUUUAUAGUUGAUUUUAGCAUAAUAAUAAAUUCUAAAUCUGCCAUUUAAAGCCCACAUCUUGCUUUUUCUUUUGAGAAGUCAUUUGAUUUUUCUUUUCGAGGUUAAAGCUUUGAAAAUUUAAGUUAAUAAUGGGCAUGGGUAAACUUUACUCAAUAACUUUUUUUUUUUAAAACUGGUCCAAAAAAAAAAGUUUUCUUUAAUUUAUAACAUCAUUUAUAAAAUUUCCAAAAUUAAUUUUUAGUCCAAAUAUUAAAUUACACAAACAUAAAGAGCACAAUCUUUUGGUCAAAAAUGAAAAUCUAAGAGGUCAUUUUUUUAGGCUAUACUAUGUAAUUUGUCAUCAAGGUCACCAUGCUUGUCUACUUAGUAGCAACUAUUUAAAGCAGCCCAUUGGUACUUAAUAAUUCAUUAAAUUGGUUAUCCAGAAUAUAAAUGAACUAAUACUAAAUCAUUUUAAACAAAUGAAACAUGUUUAAAUAGGCCUAAUUAUAAUUUGCUAAUCAAACAUCAUUGGUUUUAAUUUUGGUGUUGGUUGCCAUGGACAUGGGAAUUGAUAACCAAUUGUCUUUAACUUAUAUAAGCCUAGUAAAAGUAUUAUAAUAGUAAUAAUACUAUUAUAAAUUAUUUGUGGAGUGGGAUAAAUAGCCUUUAUUACAACUAUUAUAAUUAUAUUAGUUUAUAUCCUUUUAUAUUUAUAUCUUUACACAUGGCCUUUAGGCCUAUUAUAAUAUAUAGGUAUAGGCCUAGCUCUAACCCAACUUAUUAUUUUUAGGACCUACUCUAUUCAAAUAAAUUAUGUGUAAUUAUAUUUUAGGCUAUGUAAAUAUAAUCAUAUUUAUUGAAUAUUAAUAUUAUGAUUCUUAAGGCAUAAAUUAAGUAAAAAUGUAAAAAAAAAUUCACUUAUCUUUAAUAUUUAAAUGUCCUAUAGUUAAUCAUAUAUCACAAUAUUCAACAAGAGAAUUAUUACAUUAUCUUCUUUAUUCACCAUAAUCCAAGAAUUAAGAUAUUACUAAAGAACUAUCAUACAAAAUUAUACUACCUCAAGCAAAUAACUAGAACUUAUUUUAAUUUCUAUCAACCGCCAAAGUUGAUUCUAUCUAAGAUCUAUACAUGAUGAUUUGUGAAGCAAGAUUACUAUCUUAAAAUAAAUGACAUACUAUUUUUUUUGGUCAUAUUAAGACAUUCAUAUGAUAUGGGGCUAAAAUACAUACAUAUAAUAUAGAAAAUGGUAAAAUAAAAAGUGUAAUUAGUAAUAGUCAAUUUUAACUAAAUUAAAUAAUCCCUUUAUUAUUUGUUUAUACUUUUAAACAAUUACACAGAAAAUGAGAAAUUAUAUCUAAAGAAUAUUAUUAGUAUUAUGAUUUUUUAGGAAAUUUUUUUAAAAAUAUAUAAACGAAAGUAAUUGUUACAAAUAAAUGAUGAGUCAGCAUAUUUUAUACCUCUUUUUUUAAAAAAAAAAUAUGAAAAUGAUAAAGAUUUUUUUUUUUUGCGGAAUAUUAACAAAAACUAACUUAUAUUUUGUGGAUUUAUUUAGAAUUACUCUUACUUAACUAUGUGCCCUGUAAAUAUUAUGAGGGUCACGAAAUGUGGAGGAAAACACCGUAGUGAAAAAGUGGUUUUGAGGUCCCUACUAAAAAAUUCAUAACUUUUGAACCACUUGAUCUAGAAAGUUGAUCUUGGUGUUUUUGUAAUCUAUUCUCCAGGUUCUAUACAGCCGUGGUAUUUUUAUAUUUUUUAAAAUGUUUUGAAAUUUUCAUCAAAUUUUCAUACAGUAUGUAUACAAGUUACAGUAUAUAUUAUAUAUAUGCUAUAGGAGUAUCAAAAAACAUGCACAUUUAAUUAGAAAAUUUUAAAGAAAAAUCUAUACUACAACUCUACGUAACUUGCAAGCUAAGUCAGCAUGUGUAACUGAAGCGUAAAUUCCAAUCGUAAAUUUAGUGUCCUCCCACCCCAACUUGUGCGUAAAUACGGCCUUAAAUUUGGUGCCCCUUACUUGAGCAUAAAUCUUUAAACCUAAAAUCUAUGACUAUGAUUUAACAUGAACCCUAAAACCAUGAGUUCAUGUGCUGCAGCUACUACACACUGUACUGUACCAAGAAAAUCGUGAAUUUGAAUGAAACGUUUAAAUUAUUUUUUUUAAUAUUAAAAAUAAUGAAAACCUGACUUACAGUUUCAUCGCAUACCCUUUUUUUACAAACUUUAUUGUAGUUACAGGUUCCACCAAAAAUAAAAUCCAAAAGUUUUGAGAAAAAUCAAUACCCAUCCAAAAUGCUGGCCUCGUUUUUAAUAUUAUAAUUAACCACCCAAUGAAAUUUUAAUUUCAAAUAUUCCAUAUAAUCAACAUAUUAAUAUUUUAAAAAAAAGAAAAGUUAACUCUAGUAACAAUCCAAGAAUUUAAAAAGGGAAAGAAUCCUACACAGAAUCUCAAAGUGGUCAAACCAAACCUGGCAUAUUAAUAGAAAUCAUAGAGCUUUUCAGUUUGGCCCUAUGUCAGCCUAUGGCUGCCAAAAAAAGAAACAUUCAAAUUUAUUGUCAAAAUGCUAUAAUUAUGAGGAUAAAUACAAGGCAUGACGAAGUAAAUGCUUAUUUAAUUGCAUUAAGAAUACAGUAUCUUCAUAAUCUUACUUUACCAAAUAAAGUAUUACUAAUUACCCUAAUAAUUAUUCACAAUAUUAAUCAAUAUUUGGUCUUACACCAAAUUAAUCAAUAUUGUUAAUCUUGUCACAUUUAAAUAUUCAAUAAAUACUAUAACGUUUCUAUUCUAAAAUUCUUAUGGACUACAAACUAAAUUUUUUUUUAUUACAAAUAUUGUUUGUAUAUACUCUGUCAUUUAGCCUGAUGUGUGGGCUCAGGGUGCUGUUUGUACUGUGAGGAGACCCUUUUAUAUAUAAAAAUCAAUACAGGAGGUCACCAUUCAGACAUGUACAUCAAUCACACACUGGAAAAGAACAUUGUUUAUCAUCUGGACCAUGAGACUCUCAUUCAGACGGCUUUUCUGUCCAGUCUCAAAAUUCAUCUGCAUUUUUCUUGUCAUUUUCGCUUUCCUGUUGGUUGUUAUGAUCAGUGACACAUGUAAGUUUUUUUUUAAGUGCUAAAUAUUUUGUUUAAUUAUUGUUAUAGUGCACUAAUAAUUUUAAGAGCCAAUAGAGGGGAAGCUAUACAUGGAUAUCCAAAAAAGAAAUAUAUUAUAUGUUUCAUUUUCUAUAUUUCCUAUUUUUAUAUUAUUAUCAUAUUUAAAAAUUGAUUAAAUACCCAUUAAUCAAAGUAUGAAAGAAACAUAAAGGUAGCCGUCAACUGUUGUCCCUAUACAUGUUAAAUCCAACAAAUACAUAGUAAAUUAUUAUAUAAAUUAACACAGACGUUUCUACAAUUAGGCCUGUGGCUGCAAAAAUUUUAAUUUUAAGCCAAGCAGUGAAAAAAUUGAACAAAUUAGGAGACAAAAUAAUGAAAUAGAAGAUCACAUAAAAAGGUAAAAUUAUUGUUCAAUGUUGAAUACAAGUUCUUUUAUAUCUCAUGCAUGAAUUCUUCUGGCCUGAAUGACAAGGGGAGAUACUGAUGGGAGUAAAAGGGAAAAGGCAGCAUUUUUCAUUUCUUGCCUAAGAUGUCAAAACUAGGUUAAUUAAACACCUAGAAACAGCCCUGUAAAUUGACAAUGUAUUAACCUGAGAUCUUUACCAGGAAAUAACAAAAACACUGCUUGCCGUAUUAAAGAUUUUGAACUCUGUAAUCUAGAAUUAACUGUUCUUGUGAGUCCAGCUCUUCAAUAUAAUAGAUUGUCAGUUAUAGGUAUUGGUCAAAAUGCUAACUUCACUAACUUGAACACUGCUGAGGACUGUUAACAACAUCCAUACUAAAUUUUGAAAAUACAUUUUUUAAAAAAAUGAAUUCAUGCCAAGAACUCCCAUUAAGAUUUCUCAGACUUCAUCAUGUCCUUCCUUUAUUAUUCAAAUAUGUAUUUCAGUGCGAGAAUGUGACAGUGAGGAAUUCGAUGCCACAAAAAGACUUCUUCAUAAAUAUGCAAACCAGAUCCAAGAAUUCAAAAAUGACCAGCUUAUCCUUCGCAGCAAACUAACAGCAGCAGAAAAACAGCUGGCAUCAAUACCUGGUAGAUCGUUGAGCUGGAUCAAAGGCCUGCCAGUUAUCUACCUCAUUACCCCUACCUAUGCAAGACUUGAACAAAAGGCUGAACUCACACGUCUAAGCCAUACUCUUAUGCUGGCUAGAAACGUUUACUGGAUUGUUAUCGAAGACGCUGAAGAAAAAACACAGCUGGUUCACAAUUUUCUACUUCAGACAGGUCUUAAUCACACUCACUUGAAUAUUUUAACACCACCUCAGUUUAAACUGGCAUCCGAAGAUCCCAACUGGCUUAAACCCAGGGGUGUCUUACAGCGCAAUGCAGGCUUGGAAUGGUUGAGAAGCCAUACCUCGCCAGAUCAGCAUCCUGGUGUUGUGUACUUUGCUGACGAUGAUAAUACAUACAGCCUAAAGCUCUUUCAAGAGGUUUGUGGGACUUGUGUAGAAGAAAAAACACUCAUUAAGCCUUUAGUAUUCUUUUUCUUUUUUAAAGAUCUGCUAUAUCAAAGUCUAAAAUGGUCUUUGGAACCAAGGGUAUACAACAAUAGUCAGAUGAAUGAAGUUUCUCAAAGCUAAUUUUACAGGGUAAAAAUGAUUUUAAAUCUUUAAUUUUUGAAUUGUUGACAUGGUUCAGUGGUUUUCAAUAUUUAUAUUUUACGACCAAGUAAAACUGCUACCAACUAUUCCAGUGUUAAGAAACACCAUUGACUAAUUUAUUGAGCUGCUGUGUCCAAGCAAAUUAUUAUGAUAGAUUCGAUGGGUUUUUAUUCAAGAUGCUGUCUUACACCAAAUUACAAUUUAGUUUGUAGGUAAAAUGCACCAACUCUCAUAAAAAUAUGAUUUUAUUUAGAUUUAAAUCUUGUGAUGUCUUUUUAUUUAUUAUAAAAUUUUUGCAUGCAUUUUUUUUUUCCUUUUUAGAUGAGAUUUACAAAGAAAGUUUCCGUGUGGCCAGUGGGCCUGGUUGGCUAUCUAAGAUAUGAGAGGCCUGUGGUAAAAGAUGGCAAGGUAGAUACACAUUUGAAUUAGCUUGGAUCUUUUUACCCAACAGAAAACUAGUUUGAGAGAAGUCAGAGGAACAGGGUGUUACAUUAUUAUUCCUUAGAGUAGUGCCUCUCAAUCGUUUAAGUAUUGAAAAUGUAGAAGUGUUUGAGACUGACAGAAAAUGUAUCCACAUUACAGGAAUCAAUGCCCAUUGUACUGACUAAUGCUCUUUGUUUGCAAGCUUCCUUUAUUUUUCAUCUUUUGAAAACUGGGAGGAAGAGGGGAAGGGGGGGGGGGAGAGCUUAUUCUUUUGAGAGCCACUCCCUCAAAGCACUGUUUGCAUACAUAUUGGGCAUUUGUUUUAAGGGAAAUGGUGUAAAUAAUUAUGAAAAUUGAGAAUUUUUCAAAUAUAAACUAACGUGCACAGCUGUUAUGUUUGAAAGAUAAUCAAAUCUUAGUUAUUAAUAAAUAUAAACUAACCUGCAUAGCUGUUAUUUUUUAAAGAUGAACAAAGUUAUUAAGGAGUUUAAAGUCCGAUUAAAAAUUCUGCCGUGGUAAUUUUAAUUUAAAAAUUUUUUUAAAGUAUUUGUUUCAUUUCAAUUAUCAAUAAAUUUUAUGUUUGUCUAUCUAUAUAUAUUUAUAAUUUUCUGUUAACCCCAAGUGAUUGUGUGUGGUGGUGGGGGGGGGGGGGGCUGUUAUCUGAAACAAUGUCAGAAUUAAAUGGAUUUCUUCUUUCAUUUCACAGGUUGUUAGCUGGUUCACAUACUGGAAACCCAACCGUCCUUUUCCAAUGGAUAUGGCGGNGUGG